CAGGACUCGCUCACAGCUGCUGGGGCUCAGGAUCCCAGGACAAGGCCGAGAUGGCGACCGUAGCUUGGCUACUGGGUCGGCGCGUGGCGAGCUGGAGGCCGCGGCUGCCACUGCAGCCGCUCGCCGGUCUGAUUACUCAGCGGGCCAACUCGCUGUUGCCCGUAGACGAUGCGAUCAAUGGGCUAAGCGAGGAGCAGAAGCAGCUUCGUCAGACCAUGGCUAAAUUCCUUCAGGAGCAUCUAGCACCCCAUGCCCAGGAGAUUGAUCGGAGCAAUGAGUUCAAGAACCUGCGAGAGUUUUGGAAGCAGCUGGGGAACCUGGGAGUCUUGGGUGUCACAGCCCCUGUUCAGUAUGGCGGCUCCGGCCUGGGCUACCUGGAACACGUGCUGGUGAUGGAGGAGAUAUCCCGAGUCUCUGGAGCAGUGGGUCUCAGUUACGGUGCCCACUCCAACCUCUGCCUCAACCAAAUUGUUCGUAAUGGAAACGAGGCCCAGAAGGAGAAGUACCUCCCCAAGCUGAUCAGCGGUGAAUACAUCGGAGCCCUGGCCAUGAGUGAGACAAAUGCUGGCUCCGAUGUUGUCUCGAUGAAGCUGAAAGCAGAAAAGAAAGGAGAUCACUAUGUCCUGAAUGGCAACAAAUUCUGGAUCACCAAUGGCCCUGAUGCUGAUGUCCUUAUUGUCUAUGCCAAGACAGAUCUGGCUGCUGUGCCAGCUUCUCGGGGCAUCACAGCCUUCAUUGUGGAGAAGGGUAUGCCAGGCUUCAACACCUCCAAGAAGCUGGACAAGCUGGGGAUGAGGGGCUCUAACACCUGUGAGCUAAUCUUUGAGGACUGCGAGGUUCCUGCUGCCAACAUCCUGGGCCAUCAAAGUAAGGGCGUCUACGUGCUGAUGAGUGGGCUGGACCUGGAGCGGCUGGUGCUGGCCGGUGGGCCCCUCGGGAUCAUGCAGGCCAUCCUCGACCACGCUAUUCCCUACCUGCACGUGAGGGAAGCCUUUGGCCAGAAGAUCGGCCACUUCCAGUUGAUGCAGGGGAAGAUGGCAGACAUGUACACCCGCCUCAUGGCCUGUCGGCAGUACGUCUACAAUGUAGCCAAGGCCUGUGAUGAGGGCUACUGCACUGCCAAGGACUGCGCUGGGGUAAUUCUUUACUCAGCCGAGUGUGCCACACAGGUAGCCCUGGACGGCAUCCAGUGUUUGGGUGGCAAUGGCUACAUCAACGACUUCCCCAUGGGCCGCUUUCUGAGAGAUGCCAAGCUGUAUGAGAUCGGGGCUGGAACCAGUGAGGUGAGGCGGCUAAUCAUCGGCAGAGCCUUCAACGCAGAAUUCCACUGAUUCCAAGACCCUUCAUCCCCUUUCCCAGCACCUAGAGGCCUUUCUCUGGAACGAGAGACGCGGCAGCUCUUCUCCAGGCAGGCCCUGCCCACUGGCCCAGGAAAAGUGUGCAGCGGCUUAACAUGGACUCCUCAGGAAGCAUGCUGGCUUUCCUGGAGCUCAGUGGGAGGGCUUUGGUGACUCUGCGCCCUUGCUCUCUAACUUCAAGCCUGAUGCCUCACCCCCGCUCCCAGAGUGGGCACCUUUUUUCCUGGUGAGCCUCUGCCAGGGAACCCUCUGCUCAAGUACACCAGAAGCAUUGCCCCUCUCCUUAAUUUGAACUUGGUAGUCUCUUCUUUUUGGGGAAAAAUACCCCCCAAACCUAGCCUCUGUUUCUGCCAAUUUCUAGAGGCAUCAUCUCAGCAGCUUGUGAGUGGGCACCCCCUUUGCAGCAGCCCCUCCAUCCCUCAUUGUUUAAGCUGAAAUCCUACCACUGGGGUAGAGCUCUGGGAAUAGGCAUCUCAGAACACCUGUGCCACCCAGAGUCCACGGUGGGGCAGAGGUCAGUGUGCUCGUGAAGGACGGGGCUCAAUGCCUCCAGCACAAUGCUGCCACUGCCACUGUCCAGUCCUGGCCAUAUGACAGCCCACAGCUGACUGGGCAGCAGGCCUGGGUUAGCUGGCUCAACUCCAGCCAAGGCUGCCUGCAUACAUUUCUCUGGACACCCUAUGGCUAAUUUUGUUACAACUGCACAGUGGCUGCUGCCAUUGUGUAUUAAACAUUUCAUGAAGCAAACCCAUCUGCUUCUAAACUGGUGUUUUGGGGGAGAAGCAGUCUACUUGCUACUGCCUUCUGUCUGGCUCCAGCCCUAUGUCCUUGGAGAGUGGCUGGUCCAGGUCCUGCUUCUGGCCCUUCAGCCUGCUCAUUGGUGAUAGGGGACACAGGGGUGGAAUCAGCCCUUAGGAUAGAGGAAUUCUCAACCUCCCUUUUCCAGAUCUCCCAGUGAUUUUUUAAAGAAAGGAGGGAGCGGUAAGGGUCUUGGAGCUAGAAGGAAGCUCAUAAGUUUCUGGAACCCAUCCCCAUGUUUUUUGAAAGAUCAAGACAAUUUGAUUUUCCCAAGGUCAGAACUGGAGCUAGAAUCCAGAUCAGCAGAAAUAGGCGUUCUGAGAAUGCCAGCCUCUGGCCCUACUACAUGGCCGCCUGGAUGGAGCACAGUCAGAGUGGGACAGUUUGGGGUUGUCCCACCCCAUCUAAUUCCCUAAAAGAGAACUGGUUUUCUUGGCCCUCAGCCCAGCGGUGCCUGUUCUGACUUUUGGUCCUGGCCUAUAGCCAAGAGCUGUUCCCAGCCUGAUGCCUGUGACAGGUGGAGUUAUAUAGCCCCUUACCACCCCCAGCCCAGUCCUAUCCUGAGGGGCUUGUGGCCCUGUCCCUUCACUUCCCCACCGUGCUCCCUACUAUGUUGGAGAUGAAUGUGGCUAAAAUGGUGGUCUUGCUGGUUAUAAAGUGUAGCUGGAACGAACAGCCUGAAGACGUUCAGAAUGGGAUGUUUCAUCCAGGCAGUGUGGGUAACAGCUCUGCCACCACCUUGGGGAGGAUGAUUAUUCUCCCACUGCUAUAUGUGAAAUAGGAAUGAUAUAAAAUAAAGCCAAAAAAGUGUAGCCUGAGUC